AUGGAAGAAGCCCACCGCAAAAUCGAGCUGCAGUCCACCGAGGACCUGACCUACCUCCUCAACAACGUCCGCCGCGCCGCGCAGGACCAGCUGGACAAGGCGUUCCCCCCGAUCGAGGGCGGAGACGCGCAGGAGGACGAGUUGAGGGCGCCUAUUGAGCGUCUCGUGAACGAGUACAUCAACAAGACCUUCACCUACGCGGCCCCUAACCUCUCCAUAAACGGCCUCGACGCCGACCCCGCCAACUUCCUCUCCGACAACCCGACGGAGCCCGAGGAGGCCUACGAGCCCUGGGACGCGCGCCUGCGCCAGCGCGUCGAGGACCUGGCGCGCGACGAGGAGGAGCUCCUCAACGAGAUCGCCGCCCUGAAGAAGAGCGUGCCGGGCACCGUGGCCGCCGCCGCCGCGCACGAGUUCAAGGCCUCGACGGCGGCGGACGAGGCCGCGCUCGAGGCCGCCAAGAAGGCCCGCGCGGAGGAGCUGGCGGCGCGCGACGCCGAGGUGCUCCCGCUGGAGGAGAUGGAGAGGCAGGCGGAGACGAGGAGGGCGUUCGGGACGGCGGUGGAGAAGCUGGGCAGGCUGAAGAAGGACAUGCCCGCCACGGUCGCCAAGAUGGAGAGGGCGAGGGUCGCGGGGGAGUAUACCGUCACCGAGAGGUCGUGA